AAGAUGUUUUUUUAAGCAGCAUUAAGAGGAUAACUUUUUUAAAAAGAAACCACCCUCAAAAAAUGUGGAAAACCCCUCUUUUUCUCCAGAAUUUACAUUGCUAAUCUCUGUUUCAUUAUCACCGUCACCCCUAAAACCAAAUGUUUAUUUACAUUUUGUUUUGAUCAUUCAAUGAAUUGAAAAGAAGAAGAAAAAGAAAAGAUCGCCACCGUCUGCCACCUUUUGAUCAAUCAAGGUAUCAGAUUUUCAAUCCAAUCACAUUGGCAGCCGUUGGAUUGAUGACGCCGACGUUGCCAUGUAGCCGGCGUUGCUAGAGCCUAGAGGAGCUUCUUUUUUCCUCCUCUUGUUCAACUCCCAUUGGUCAGGCUUCGUUUGUUCCUUUUACGGUUAAUAAUUUUGGGUCUUUCUCUGUUUAUUUUUUGUUCAAUCCAAGUUUUCACGAGAGAAAAUGAACUCAUCUUCUGGUUUUGGUUUUGGAGGUGAUCUUUGUUCUGGGUUCCCCAAAUCGACCCCGAAUAAUCCCAAUUUUAGUUUCAAUUCGCCUUCUGUACAACGGUCAUCGGGAGGCCUUCCAAGGCCAAAGCCUGCCAAAAGUAAAAAGCAAUCGAAUUCCCAUAAUUCAAAAUCUUCAGGCAAGUUAGAAAACCGGACAGGCUCCGGUUUUAAUCUGUUGCGACACCCUAGCCUUUCUGAUGGGAGUGAUUUGGGUGGCAAUUUAUUUUCCAAGCUCACAAAUGAUAUAACGAAGGUGAGUACUAAUAAUGAUGACAAUGUAGGUAGUUGUAUUAGUAGUGGUGUGGAAACUGAAAAACUUCGGUACGAGUUCCAGAGCAAAUUGAAUACUACAGGCAAUGAUGUUGACGAUGGAGUUAAGAAGGAUUUUGUAUUUAAGGCUGGAAAAGGUAAUAAUUUGGUUCGAAGCGUGUCGGAUACGCUUAGUGAUGGGGUUAAGAAUUUGAACAUAAAGGGGUUCGAUGAUAAUAGCACCAAGGAGAGUUGUGAAAGCUCUGGUCAUCUUGGUUUGAAAAGAGAUAAGGUAUUAUCAGCUGGAAGCGAGAUGAAGCUGAAUAUCGGGAGUACAAUGGGAGAUUCUACUAGACAAACAGAGAGGGGAUUUACUUUUCAGGCGGCCACAACUAAAGCUCAUAUGGAUAAACCAAAAACUGAUAUUAGACGUGGUGGAGCUACAGCAUCAACAACUUUGUUUUCAUCUAACACCUUGCCUUUCCAGAGUGGUUCAAAUACCUUUGGCAUGACUUCUGAUAAACCAGGAAACAAGGAUGAGUUUUGUUUUACAGUAAAAAAAGAUGCUAUAGAAACACCCUUUGUAGAAUUCAAAACGCCAAAUUCACAGUCAAAUAGAGCCUUUGGCUUAAAUAAAAAUUUGGAAUUCGGUGCAAAAAGAGAAGUUGGUACAAGCACAAAAGUCAAGAAAAAGAAGGGUAAGUCGAAGCAGCCUAAAUCUGUCCAGCUGUGGCAUGGACCAGAUUUUGUUUCAAGUAAAAUUAGUGCUCGUUGUUCAAGAGAACCUUCUGCAACUUCAGAGGAGUCUUUCAGUCUUGAUAACAAAGAUGACUUCAGUGAUACACAGUCAACAGUUUCACGUUAUGCAAUAGAUGGGGAUCUUCUUGCUACAGCACAGUAUAUGAAUAUAAAAGAUGGUAGGGUGAAAGAUGAACUAAAAGAGGAGGGUUCUGGAGAUGUUUUUGAUGGUGUUGCGGCUGAAGCUACCCAAGAAGAUUCUGUGCAUGGGUCCAAAACUGAGAGCUUUGCAGUUGCAGUCGAGGAUAUUGAUCGUAACAGUGGUAUUGCUCUUAGUUCAGCUGAAACUCAAGUCAGUUCAAGAACAAGUAUUGACAGGAAAGAUAGUGAUGGCCAGAUGUUCUUUAGUUCCCCUUCUAACUUGGAACAUAUAAGUGGCUUUGACUUCACCUUUGCUGCAUGUCCUUCCGAUAAAAGUCAACAACCACCACCAAGUGGUCACCACAAAAAGAAAAAUUCAGCUAAAAGUGCUUCAUUGCAUAUAUUCUCUAGGCAAGACCUGAAAGCUGAAGUUUCUACCAUGCAAAGCAAGGUUCAAGGAAAUUCCAGGGUGGAAAAAGGACCUGAGGUUAAAUGUGAGCCUAAUUUGAGCAGUUCAAACACUGCAGCUAUGGAAUUGUGUGAAAAGUGGCGGUUAAGGGGAAAUCAAGCCUAUGCAAAUGGGGAUUCAUCUAAAGCUGAGGAAUCUUAUAUGCAAGGGAUAAGUUGUAUUCCCGCAGGUGAGAAAUCUAGAAGCUGUCUUCGUGCAUUGAUGUUGUGCUAUAGCAACCUUGCAGCCACACACAUGUCUCUUGGAAGAAUGAGAGAUGCACUAGGAGAUUGUAUGAUGGCCAUCUCAAUAGAUCCCAACUUUUUGAGGGUUCAACUUAGAGCAGCAAAUUGCUACCUUGCCCUUGGAGAAGUUGAGAAUGCGAUGUGCUAUUUCAGGAAGUGCUUACAAUCUGGAACUGAUGUUUGUGUGGACCGAAAAGUUGCAGUAGAAUCUUCAGAUGGCCUACAAAAGGCUCAGAAAUUGUCUGAAUGCAUGGAUCACUCGGCUCUACUUUUGCAAAGCAAAAUGUCUGAAAAUGCAGAGGCUGCUUUGGAAGUAAUUGCUGAGGCUUUGCAAAUAAGUGUGGUUUCAGAUCAAUUACUUGAAAUGAAAGCAGAGGCUUUUUUAAUUCUAGGCAAAUAUGAAGAAGUAAUUCAGCUGUGUGAGCAGACAUUUGAUUCCGCUGAAAAGAAUUCUCCUUCUUUAGAUGCCAAUGGGCAAUCGGCCAGUCCAGAUAGUUCUGGCUUCUUGAAGGACCCUACCUUUAGAAUUUGGCGAUGUCACCUGAUCUUCAAAUCUUACUUUCAUCUAGGAAAGCUUGAAGAGGCUAUUGCUUUUCUGGAGAAGCAAGAGGAAUUGCCAUCCACUACAAAUAGGGAUGGAAGAAACAGUUUGGAAUCAUCAAUUCCAUUGGCUGCUACUGUACGUGAGCUCUUAAGCCAUAAGGCUGCAGGGAAUGAAGCAUUCCAAUCAAGAAAACACUUGGAAGCUGUUGAACAUUAUACUGCGGCUUUAUCUUGCAAUGUGGAGUCACGUCCUUUUGCAGCUAUUUGUUUUUGCAAUCGUGCUGCUGCAUACAAAGCACUAGGCCAAGUCACUGAUGCUAUUGCUGAUUGCAGCCUCGCCAUAGCACUUGAUGGCAAUUAUUUGAAGCCACUUUCUAGACGUGCCACAUUAUAUGAGAAGAUUAGAGAUUAUGGGAAAGCAACUAAUGAUCUUGAAAGACUUCUUUCUCUUCUUGUGAAACAAACGGAGAUGAAAACCAAUCAAACUGGAUUAUCUGAAAGAUCUGUUAACUUGGCAAACGACACAAGACAUGCUCGUUCAUGGCUUUCUGAAAUUGAGGAAGAAAGCAAAAAGGAAGUGCCUUUGGAUUUCUAUCUCAUCUUGGGGGUUGAACAAUCUGUUUCACCAGCAGAAAUAAAGAAGGCAUAUCGGAAAGCUGCUCUUAGGCAUCAUCCUGACAAGGCUGUUCAAUCCCUGGUAAGAACUGAAAAUGGAGACGAUAAGAUCUGGAAGGAGAUAAGAGAAGAAGCCUACAAGGAUGCUGACAAACUAUUUAAGAUAAUUGGAGAAGCAUAUGCAGUACUUUCAGACCCUACCAAGCGCUCUAGGUAUGACUCUGAAGAAGAGACAAGGAACUUGCAAAAGAAACAUUUUGCACAUACAUCCAGAGUAGCUGCAGAUGGUUAUAAUUAUUCGUUCGAUAAAAGCAGUGGCAUGCAAUCACGGAGGGAUGCCAGGAGAUCGUUUGGCUACUCUAGCUCCAAAGGGUCUAAAGCCACUCGUUCAAACAGAUUCUUUUGACAGUUGUGGGCCACGUGUUUGACAAUCUCGAGAUAUCUGAUCAAGUUAAAUGAUGAUUUCUAGGAGAUUCGGAUCUAUGUAGGAACUUCGCAGGAAGGAAUCUACAUCAACCACUCACUCCCUAGAACUAUUUGAACUUCCAGGAGGUAAUACCAUAUGAUUGAAAGCAUCAAUGCAAGUUCUGGGUAAUGCCAGUACGUAAAGAGCAAUUCCUUUUUUCUUUUCUUUUUUGAGGGUUUUUAUCACAGUUUGUGAAUGUGAAAGGUUUCUAAACUUUGAAAUAAUGAAGUCCAUGUUUUAAGCCCGGAUGGCCUUUUGGUUCAAGGAAAUUGCUUGUUCAUAAAGGAAGUCGAGCAAAUGUACAGACAUUACGAAGAACUACGUUUUUUUUGGAGUUUCUACAUCUCUGGCUGACAUUCGACUAAGAAUAUAUCAUUUUUAUUUUUUUGCUAUACUUACCCCUUCUUUCUGGACUUGAUUGUUUCAUUU